CGUUGGACUCGGCUUUUUUCCACCCAUCAUUAUGUAUUUAUUUAAAUCUAUUCCACCACACAAACCCUCCCUUCUUAUGUCUUACAAAAACCCAUCCAAAGGCCAUUCCAUUUCGAAUUUCGUCUAGUGAGUGCUCGUGAGGUGUACUGAGAGGCUUUUCUAUUAGAGUCUUCCAAAUUCCAAUGGCAAAGCUCAUGUUGGCGCUUUGUGUUUUAGGCAUGUGGGCUGUUAUGGUGCAUGUUGGUGCAGCACCAUCUAGUGCACCGGCACCAGCUCCGGACUGCUUAAGCGUGCUGGUGGAGAUGGCGGAUUGCCUGACGUAUGUGCAGAACGGGAGCACGGUUUCAAAGCCAGAAGGCGGAUGUUGCUCUGGUUUUAAGUCAGUGUUGAAGAAAACCCCCAUAUGCCUGUGUGAGGCCUUCAAAAACAAUAACAAUCUGGGGAUUGCUUUGAACAUGACAAGGGCCAUGAUGCUUCCAGCUGCUUGUGGGGUUUCUACUCCACCCCUUAGUAAUUGUGGUGCUGCUGGUGUUCCUAGUGCAGCUCCUGGUCCUGGGCCAAAACCAUCACCUAAGAACACCCUAUCGCCUUCUGCAUCAGUUCCAUCUGGGUCUGUUACUCCAACCACACCGGGAAGCAACUCAGAAUCCGGAGCCCCAUCACCGUCGCAAUCUGCUGCUGCAGCCAUUUUGACUUCAAUUGCAACGAUUCUUGUUUGCUUUGCACUAGCCACAUGCUCUUACUAUUGAUGAGCCUAGUUUUCUCUCACUUAAAUUAGCAUUUUGAGAGAGGAUUUUGAUUGAUUAUGUCUUGGAUAUGUUGUUGAGUUUUUAUAAUUUCAUUUGGGUUUUUAUCA